AGUUGUCAUUGUCAACCUUUUCAGCCAUGGCGGGUUCAUGUUUUUUCAAUUUCAAUUUCAACUACGAAAUGAGCAAUGUGCGCCUCUCGCACUCUUGGGCGGCGACAUUGACAGCGAUUUGUCGAAUAUUCUCGUGCGCCAUUUUGUGAAUGCUAUGGAAUUUUGCGUUGUUAAGUAAUCAGUCCAAGAUAUCAAAAGCUGUGUGAGUUUCACUUCGGGUAAUCUUCUCUGUAGCCUGUAUAUUUAGCAAAAUAUUCGCGGAUUUGGAAUCAUGACCGAAAAGUCUGGUGUGGGUAAAACUUCGCUAAAACGUCAUGAAGUUGCUAAGCCGGUUCAUAUUCAGAGGCUGGAAACCGCCCUGGACAUCAGACCCUUCGUGAGCCAGGUGGAGAAGAUCUUGUCGAUGGACGAUGGCAGCGAAAGUGAUGAUGAUUCAGAUACUAAGUCAAUCAUUAAUGAGAUGUCCAAGGGUGAUAGAAUUAUUCAUGGAGUUGUGACAAACAAACAAGAACGCCAGAGUGAUCGCCUCCGCCUGUACAAUCUAGCAUCAGUGGGAGAGGAAAGGGUAUGGCUCAGAGAUGUCCUUUUAUCAUCGGGGUCCGAGAGCAGCAGUGAUGAAGACAGUCCUGAAGCUAAAAAGAUGCGUAUUCAGCGGAUGUUGCGGGAGAGACGACACCAUAAUAAAUAUGCUAAGAAGUAUUAUAAGGACCCUGGGCAGAACUCCCGCUACAUGUAUUACGGCGCCGGCCUGCUCUCCACCAUCGACCGCUACCCCGAGCGGCGCAUCAGCCGGGCGGCGCCCCCGCCCCCCGCCGCUAGAGGUCGCCGAGGCCGACCUUCGGAGCGAGGCUCCACCAGGGGACUACAGAAAGCUAGAAGAGGCCGUGGCAGGGAGAACAAAGCUCAGGAUAAUGAUAAUCCUGACGGAGUUGACUGGGAAGACCAACUGCGUAAUUUGAAACAGGAGAAUGACAGCGAAGAUUUUACACCAGCUGUCGAAAAGACCAGUGUUAGGGGUCGUAAGAAACUAUCUACUCUCAAGAGCCCUGAAGCUCUAACGGCUCGACGGCGCCGUCAUUGGCUUUUACUAGUCAAGAAAGAGUUGGGCAAAGUACAACGAGCUAGAACAGCUACCCAUAGAGAGGUGAUGCUACAGAGGAAACGGUUGGCCACGCUGUGCUGCAAACAUUGGCGGCAUGUUGCUAUGCAGUCCCAGAAGAACAUGAAAGAGACAGUUUGGCGUUGUAAGCGUCUCAGCAGAGAAAUGCAAGCGUAUUGGAGGAGAUACGACCGCGCCGAGAGAGAAACUAGAAGAAGAAUGGAGAGGGAGGCGGAAGAACAGAGAAAGAUGGACGUAGAACUGAUGGAAGCAAAACGCCAACGUCGCAAACUCAAUUUCCUCAUCACGCAGACCGAAUUAUAUGCUCAUUUCAUGCAACGUAAGAUGAACUCUGGUGAUGAUGGCGACUGCGGAGCCGACAGGAUUCUCAGGCAGUUAGACGAAGACAGGGAUCCCAGAUUGGCUUCCAUUGAUCAGUAUGAUAGUGAGUCAAUGAAAGCCCGAGCAUCGCGUAACGCCCGCGAAGCGUUCCGAACGGAGAGAGCGAGGACCCAACAGUUCGACGCGGCGGCCGGCGUCGAACACUUGGAACCCGAACCCUCUGAACGGAGAGGGGGGGAUUAUGAUCAACCCUCGAUAUUCAGAGGGACCUUGAAGGGAUACCAACUGAAGGGCAUGAAUUGGCUGGCCAACCUUUAUGAUCAGGGUAUCAGCGGUAUACUAGCUGACGAGAUGGGUUUAGGCAAAACGGUUCAAUGCAUUGCAUUCCUGUGUCACGUGGCAGAAAGACUAGGAGUUUGGGGUCCAUUUCUCGUGGUGUCACCUGCCUCUACACUUCACAACUGGCAGCAGGAAAUGCAGCGGUUCGUGCCUGAUUUCAAAGUGGUGCCAUACUGGGGGAGUCCCAGCGAGCGUAAAAUCCUCCGUCAAUUCUGGGAGCGAAAAGACUUGCACACACGCCAAGCGGCUUUCCACGUGGUGGUGACGUCAUACCAGAUCGUGGUCUCCGACCUCAAGUACCUGAACCGAGUGUCGUGGCAGUACAUGAUACUGGACGAGGCUCAAGCCAUUAAGAGUUCAGCCAGUAUGAGGUGGAAGCUGCUGCUUGGUUUCAGCUGUAGGAACCGGCUGUUGUUAUCGGGUACUCCAAUACAAAACAGUAUGGCAGAACUGUGGGCGUUGCUUCACUUUAUUAUGCCGACAUUGUUUGACUCACACGAGGAGUUCAACGAGUGGUUUUCGAAAGAUAUCGAAAGUCACGCUGAGAAUAAGAGCACUAUUGAUGAGAAACAUCUAUCCCGUCUACACAUGAUCCUGAAGCCGUUCAUGUUGCGACGAAUAAAGAAGGAUGUUGAAAACGAACUAUCAGAUAAGAUAGAAAUCAUGGUACAUUGUCCGCUGACGAUCAGGCAGAAACUUUUAUAUAUAGCGUUAAAAAAGAAAAUCAAAAUAGAAGAAUUAUUACACUAUUCGGUCGGCGCGGAAUCUGGUCACAAUGUGGACAAGAACUUCACUUCAAAUCUUAUGAACUUGGUCAUGCAGUUUAGAAAGGUAUGCAAUCAUCCAGAAUUAUUCGAGCGUCGAGACGUUCGCUCCCCCUUCGCAAUGCAAGUCGACGACUACCACAUACCAAAGAUCAUCGCUGAAGACUGCAUUCUCAUCAGAACUAUACCUUCAAAGAGGCAUUUGAUAUACAAUAUACUAUCGGUACUGAUGCCUGAACAAAUACACAGGAGUAUUUGUGACAAUGAGGGUAGCUGCUUCAGUUUUCUGCGGUUUAUGGAUGUAUCGCCUAUGGAGGUGUUCAGAGUUAUGCUCUGUGGAUGGUUGUACGCAAUGCAACACGUAAAUAGCUGUUUAGAGAAAUAUGAGAAACUACGUCACAGGCAAUAUUGGUGGUACGACUCAUCAGCACAGGAGAAACAGGAGAGCGAGACGGAUAUAUCUACAGGGUAUUAUGAUAGAGUGAGAAGCAAAGAUAUGCUGUUGAUAUGCCCCGAUGGAGAUGUGUUGAAGCAGAGGAGAGAAGAUAGUUUGAUGUGGAAAGAUCUGUUGUUCACGGAUCCUAUAUGGGUUGAAGGUGGUCCCUUUUACACACAUACAGAUUAUACCGUCCAUUAUAUGCCAGAGACAAUAGAACAUCGUGCCAUUAGACUAAGAAACUCGAGAGAAAAUGAAGGACAGACGGAGAUGCUAAGCGAGAUAAAGACAGAAGACGGCGGCACGAUACCAGUGCCCGCGGAUGCCGGCGAGGUGGUUCACGUGGAAAGACCGCCGGUUGUGCACGAAGGCGUGCCCACAACGCUGCCCUCUAUGUUGUAUACUGCGCAGCAGAAGGUAAUCGCUCACACCCGCCAAGCGUUCGCCGUGUCUCGCAGUUUCGCCUACCACGUGCGCAGGCACUGUCAGUGCGAGUGCGCAGAGGGUGCCGAGCUGGUGGCGGCGCUGGUGGCCGGCGCCAGGCCGCCUCGAGGCUGGGCUGAGCUGCAGGUGCCUGAUAAAAACCAACUGGUGAGCGACGCGGGAAAACUGACAGUAUUAGAUUCUCUGCUGAAGAGACUGAAGGAGCGCGGCCAUAGAGUACUUAUCUACAGCCAGAUGACCAAGAUGAUCGAUUUGCUGGAGGAGUAUAUGUGGCACAGAAAACAUAAGUACAUGCGGUUAGACGGCUCCAGUAAAAUUUCAGCGCGAAGAGACAUGGUUGCCGAUUUCCAGGCUCGCGCCGACAUAUUCGUGUUUCUUCUCUCCACACGCGCCGGCGGGUUGGGUAUUAACUUGACUGCCGCGGAUACUGUGAUAUUUUAUGACUCGGACUGGAACCCGACAGUGGACCAGCAGGCGAUGGACCGAGCCCAUCGUCUCGGCCAGACCAAACAAGUAACGGUGUACAGACUCAUAUGCAAGGGCACUAUAGAAGAGAGGAUAAUGCAAAGGGCCCGAGAGAAGAGUGAGAUCCAACGGAUGGUGAUAAGCGGUGGGAAUUUUAAACCGGACACGCUGAAGCCGAAGGAAGUGGUGUCUUUGCUGUUGGACGAUGAGGAGAUCGAGUUGAAAUAUCGACAGAAGUCUGAAGAGAAGAAGUUGAUAGAAGAAAGAGAGCGGAAGAGGAAGCUGGGUAUUCUUCCAACGCAACCACCUGUAGUGGAGCCGAAGCGUGGCAGGUCGUCGCCGUCGCGGUCCGGGAGCGGCAGUCCGCUGCAGGUCGAUGACGAAGAACAACUGGUUGUGGACGCGCCGCCUUUGGUUAUGCCAUACUCGCCGCCAGUGCGGACGCACAACGCGUGGGGCGUGUCGCGGGCGGCGAGGGGCGCGCGGCGCGGGCGGCCGCGCGGCUCGCGGCAGCUGGCGCGCCGGGACCCCGCGCCCGCGCCCGCGCCGCCCGACGCGCAGGCCGUCGCACAAGGCGCCGCCCUCCUCGAGUCGGACGCGCCGCUGGAGAGCAUCUCCCCGCCGGGCCCGGCGGCGGGGCUGCGCGGGCGGCGCGGGCCCGGGCGGCCGCGCCUGCGCGCCGGCGCGCCCCGCGGCCCGCCCCGCCGCCCGCGCCGCCCGCGCGAGCCGCUGCUGGUGCCGCUGGCGCCGCCCCCAUAGCAUCCGAUGCGGUCACAAGAGUGAUGUACGGACAGGUUUACAGACCAAACCCACCUCUAGUGCAAUUACAACAAAUUGUGUAUAUGUAAAUAUGUUUCAUUUGAACUAGUUUUACAAAUGUAGUCAUAAUUAUGUAGAUAAUGAAGUGGUGAUGAAAUGGAUUAAAAAUGUAUACAACGUAAUAAAUAUACAUAUUUAUUAUAAUAGUAUUGAAUUUUAUUUCUCAUUUAUACUAUAUUUAUGUACACCAAUGAAACUAGAACUAAUGAUUAGAAUUAACGAUAAGGAGAAAUAAUUUCUUGUACAUAAUUGGGUCAAAUUUUAAGAAAUUUGUGCAAUUAUAUAUGGCAUGCGAUGUUUUUAAAGAGAAUCUUGAUUUUAUUCAUAUAUUGACAUAAAUAUUUAUUUAUCUACUGAAAGCAUACUUCUCGAGAAACAUUGGUAUGUGAUUGUUGUUGGCAAGACCAUAAAGAAUUCUCAAAAUUUUUCUAUAUAGCUGAACGUGGCCUUUUCAGUCUUUUAACACUGUUGGCUCUCCUUUGCCCCGCAAGGGAUAUAAGCGUGAUUAUAUGUAUGUAUGUUAAUACAUAUUAUCACAUCAAUGAAAUCAUUUGGUUUAUAUUUCCUCUAUUGCAUAUAAAAUCAAGUUAAAUUAAAGAUAUGUAAAUUAUUAUUGUUUUUGUUUGUUUUGAUGGACGUUCGGUGAUGUUUUAUUUUGUUUAUCUAUUGUUAUAUAUUUUAGCAUUAUGUCAAUAGACAGACGGCUUACAUCCAUGUGAGGAAGCCUAUCACCAGUGUCAAAAAAAUAUAGUUAUAAUUCCAACUAUUUUGUGGUUGUGAAGUAGAGAUAUUUUUAACAAAAUAUUUAAUUUGUGAAUUGUAAUACUAAUAAUUACCUCAUAUUGUUUCCAAGAACA